GACAGCAUCAUACGUCUAUACGUUAACCUUACCACCGUCUCUCUGUCAAACCAUCCGGCAUCCAUGGCUGCAAUUCCUUCCCGCCUUAUCCUCCACCCAUCUCUCAACGUCUACUUCAAAUUCCACAAUUCUAAAACCCUUAAUCUUUUCCACCUUUCUCUCUCCUCUCCUCUCUCUCUCCUCGCUACUCAUCACACCAGAUGUUUCUCUUCUCUCUCAUCUUUUCCAAUUGAAGCUCACAACGUAAACCCUAAUUCCUCGAAAAAUGCCGGACGAUCGGGCGGAUUUUCGCCAUCUCCAAUCACUGAAGUGUCACAGAAGAUCGAUGUCAAUCCACCUAAAGGCACCAGAGAUUUUCCACCUGAAGAAAUGCGGCUCAGAAGCUGGUUGUUUCAGAAUUUCAGAGAGGUAUCGAAAUUGUUUGGUUUUGAAGAGGUUGAUUUUCCGGUGCUGGAAUCAGAGGCAUUGUUUAUAAGGAAAGCUGGAGAGGAAAUUAAGGACCAGUUAUAUUGUUUUGAGGAUCGAGGGAAUCGUCGUGUUGCAUUGAGACCUGAACUUACGCCAUCAUUGGCGAGACUAGUCAUACAGAAAGGAAAAUCCGUAUCCCUUCCCUUGAAAUGGUUUGCAAUCGGACAGUGUUGGCGUUAUGAAAGAAUGACAAGAGGUCGGCGCCGUGAACACUACCAGUGGAAUAUGGAUAUUAUUGGUGUUCCAGAAGUUACAGCUGAAGCAGAGCUUAUUUCUGCUAUUGUCACCUUCUUCAAGAGACUGGGGAUCAGUGAAGCAGAUGUUGGGUUCAAGAUUUCAAGCAGGAAGGUUUUGCAGGAAGUUUUGACGAGCUUUAAUGUACCUGAAGAAUUAUUUGGAAGAGUUUGUAUUGUUAUUGACAAGCUAGAAAAAAUCCCACUUGAUGAUAUUAAGAAAGAGUUGAAGUCUGCUGGAAUGUCUGAUGAAGCCAUUGAGGAACUAUUGGAGGUCCUUUCUAUAAAAUCUUUGACAGAGUUGGAAGAGAGACUUGGAACUUCUGGUCAAGCUGUUGGUGAACUUAAACAACUUUUUGCACUUGCUGAGAAGUUUGGUUAUUCUGAAUGGAUCCAGUUUGAUGCAUCUAUUGUCCGUGGUCUGGCCUAUUAUACUGGAAUAGUGUUUGAGGGAUUUGACAGACAAGGGAAGUUGCGGGCCAUUUGUGGUGGUGGGCGUUAUGAUCGAUUACUAUCUACAUUUGGAGGUGAUGAUAUCCCAGCCUGCGGUUUUGGAUUUGGUGAUGCAGUCAUUGUGGAACUGCUAAAGGAAAGGAGCCUUCUUCCAGAACUUGACCUCGAGGUUGAUAACAUAGUGUGCUCUCUUGAUUCUGAACUUCAAGGUGCGGCAGCAUUAGUUGCUUCUACUCUAAGACAGAAAGGUCAAAGUGUUGAUUUGGUAUUGGAGAGCAAGCCAAUGAAGUGGGUAUUUAAGCGGGCAGCACGGGUAAACGCUCGGAGGUUAAUAUUAAUUGGAAGUUCCGAGUGGCAAAGAAGUACGGUGGCUGUGAAAAUACUCUCAACUGGCGAACAGUAUGAAGUCAAACUUGAUGAGUUAGAUUGACAAGGGAGCUCUGCUAUCGUAGGGAGUUCCUAAUGUUCAAUUUGUAGUUUUUUUGGCGGCAGUCCAUUUGAAAUUUCUUAUCUGUAUGAAUAAGCGUUGAGCCUCAGCUGGUCAUCUUUAUUCUAUUACAAUCAUUUAGGCUUUGUCGGACGUCCCUGAUUUUUAUGCUUCCAUGGCCGGGCGUCCAUUUGAUGCUGAGUACGGAUAUAUCCACGAAAAUGGCCCUCUAGCUACUCCCUGUGUUUAUUAUGUUUGAAAACCUCCAUAUUUUAUUACAAAUUGAUUCCUUCUACGUAA